AUGCAACCAGAAAACUAUUUUGGAAAAGAAGGUGCCUUUGGCAAUCUCUUCCCUUCACAUGUGAAAUGUUUUGCAAUAACUGGCAGGUUCAGCUACCAGCAGUGCCCAGACAAGAAUUCCAGACAUCUACCGGCUGCCAGGCAGAUAAAGGGCAGGGGAAGCCCUCCCCCGGGUGGGGCUGCGCCGCAGGAGCCCAGGGAGCAGCGCACAGCUCCAGGAACGGGAGCCGGGUCCCGUGAGGCGCUGGGAGCCCCCGCGCUCCCGGCUCCGGCCGGGACGUGGAGCCGCGGCGGGCGGGACCGGCUCCCUCAGGAGCACACUGGGAAGCGCCGGGCUCGCCCCUGGAGCAGGGAGCGGGUCCCUCCGCUCCGGAGCGGGGUGGGCUGGCUCAGCUCCCCGCGGGAAGGGGGCUCAGCUCCCCGCGGGGAGGGGACGCUGCUCCCGGCGCUGCCCGCCCCGACCCCGCUGAGGGAGGGUCCCGCUGAGGGGGGGCCGCGCUCACCUCGCCCGCUCCCCUCCCCGCGGCCCCCACACGGCGCCGCUCCCGCCCUCCCUUACCUGCGCCGAGGCGGCCUCUCCUACCCCCGCCCUUCCCUUCCCUGCCUUUCCCUUCCCUGCCCUCCCGCCCCGUCACCUCACGGACGGUCCCGGUCCCCCGGCCCGGCCCCGGAGUUACCAGCGCCGGCAACAAGUCCCGGCGUCUUCUGCGCAUGCGCGCGCGGCCCGCUGUCAGCGCUCCCCCGCCCCCGGAGUGCGCUCCCCUCACAGGCCGCUCCGGCCGGGACAGGGCCACCCCCGCCGGGACAGGGCCAUUCCCGCCGGGAGAAUGCCAUCCCCGCCGGGAAAAUGCCACUCCGGUCGGGACAGGGCCACUCAGACCGGGAGAAUGCCAUCCCCGCCGGGAGAGUGCGGCCCCCGCGCCUCCCUCAGGCAGCGGACCCUCAGAUAAGCGAGGGAAAGCUGCUGCUGUUCAGCCUGGAGAAAAAUGCUCCGGGGAGGCCUUAUAGCGCCUACCGGUGUCUAAAAGCAGAACCGAACAGAGCGUUUUAUAGCACAGGAAAAAAAUAA